AUGGACGCACCAAUGCUUGAACUCAAGUCCGCACUGGCAUCACUUUUCGAGUGCGGCAAAUAUUCAGAUCUGACCAUUGUGUGUGGGGGGAAAAGAUACCCAGUCCACCGAGCACUUAUUGCGACUCGAUCAUCUUUUUUUGAGGGGGCAUGCCGCAACUCCUUUCGAGAGGCAGACACUGGAGUAAUCGACCUGACGGAAGACGAUGCAUCUGCCGUCGAGCACAUGGUACACUACUUCUACCAUCUGGACUAUCUCAGCAAGCCGCUAUCCCGCCGCUCCUCGCAGCGAUCGGCUAGACCUGCCUCGCCACAGUCGCCACGCUUUUCAAGACGCCCUGCGGCAAAAAAGCUCAAUCUUGCCCUUUUGGAAGACCCGCUCCUUGCGUCGGCUGCCGCUUUCCACGGAUCGAUGCCGCUGACUCCUCCUGCGGACGAACCCUCAUUUCAGUCCCUCGACGUGUUUAGCAAGAUGCCUGGCACACCGACGACCGAUCAGGCCGUCGAUGAUGAUCUUGAAAGCGUGCAUUCUGAAUCAGAGCCCGACACAGAAAAGGCGCACCUCGUCACACACGCCAAAGUUUACGCCAUCGCAGAGAAAUACGAAAUCGUAGGCCUAAAAGCGCUUUCGCAAAGCAAGUUCGCCCAGCAGCUCCAAUUGCACAUCGACAGCGCCGAAUUUCCAGAAGCGUGCCAAGAAGCAUACGAAUCAACCUUCCACACAGAUCGAGGUCUGCGCGACAUCAUCAUCCAGGCCUUCCGCACCAAUCCGGCUCUGUCGAUGCGCCCAGAUGUGGAGAUGACGCUCAGGGAGACGCCUGGUCUGGCUUUUGAACUUUUCCGCAUGGCGAGCGGGCUUCCCGUUGCGUCUUGA